GACGCCUACACGCGUACAGAGUUUAUAUACUCUGCCUGCACAAGCGGGGGAACCCUGAACAAUGGAUGCUCAAGAAAGAGCAGCCCAACUGGAGAUUUCCACCCGAAACCCUCAAGAGGACUUUGAACUUUUGCAGCGUGUUGGCGGAGGGACCUAUGGGGAAGUCUAUAAGGCAAGGAAGAGAGAGUCGGGAAAACUGUCUGCCAUCAAAAUUGUAAAAAUGGAAGCAGAUGAUGAUUGCGUGGCUAUCCAACAAGAGAUCGUGAUGGUGAAAACCUGCAAACAUCCGAACAUCGUCGCGUACUACGGGAGUUACAUCCGGUUUAAGAAGCUGUGGAUUUGCAUGGAAUUCUGCGCAGGAGGAUCCCUCCAGGACAUCUAUCAAGUCACGGGCCCCUUGUCGGAGCUACAGAUUGCCUAUAUCUGCCGGGAAACCUUACAAGGUUUGUCUUAUCUUCACAAACAAGGCAAGAUCCAUCGAGAUAUAAAGGGAGCUAACAUUCUUCUCAACGACCACGGGGAAGUAAAACUGGCGGAUUUUGGAAUCUCCGCUCAACUGAGUGCCACCUUUGCCCGCCGGAUGUCCUUCAUUGGAACUCCUUACUGGAUGGCCCCAGAAGUGGCGGCGGUGGAACUGAAAGGGGGCUACAACGAGCUGUGUGACGUGUGGUCGGUGGGCAUCACGGCCAUUGAGAUGGCUGAGCUGCAGCCCCCCAUGUUUGAUAUGCAUCCUUUGCGGGUGCUGGUGUUGAUGACCAAGAGUGGCUACCAGCCUCCAAAGCUGAAGGAGAAAGCCCGCUGGUCCCCCGCCUUCCACAACUUUGUCAAGGUGACGCUAACUAAAAGCCCCAAGAAACGGCCCAGUGCCUCCAAGAUGCUCACGCACCAGUUUGUAGCCCAGGCAGGGCUCACGCAGAGGCUGACCCUUGACCUCUUGGAGAAAGUACACAACCCUGACCAGCUCCCCAGAGGUGAGGCCGAAGAAGAGGAACAAGAGUUGCCUCCCCCUCCGGUGCCGCGAAGGAUUCGCUCCAGCCAGCGGCAGGGCGUGACUUCUCCAGGAUACGCUGGGGCCCAAGAACAUAAUUUCAGCCCUACCUUACGAAGAAGACAAACUCUGGGAUCUUCAAGCUCUAUGGAGAUCAUGCUAGAUCCAGGCUACAGUACGAUGGACAAACUUGGUGGUGAAUUCAGCAGCGGGAAGAGUGUAACCGAUUCGGACGACUACGAUGACGUGGAUAUCCCCAGCAGACCAGACCUAAUCAGGGAUGCUCAGCCUGUCGAUCUUCCACCCCCUCUACCUCCCAAGGUAAACCCUCUGUGGGAGCAAAGUAAGUUUGCAACUCCCCUUCCUCUGCCCUUGCAGGUGGAGAUACACCAAGGUGAGUCCCAUUCCUCCAGUGGGCAGCCGUGGUCUAGGGCUCCCUUGCUCCUACCCGCGUUCUUCCAUGGGGUUCCAGAACUGCGUUCGGAUCCCUUAGAUGAGAUGCCGCCCAGCCUUCCUCCUAAGAUGGAGAGGAGACUGAAACUGGACAGGGCCCUCUUCAAGAAAGUCUUCAACGAGUGUCCCUUGCGCCUCACCUCGGCCACCGCCUGGACCCAUCCGCACACCAAUGAGCUGCACUUAAUUCUGGGGGCUGAAGAAGGAAUCUUCGCCUUGAACCGGAAGGAGGCAGAACCCGCUCUAGAACUGCUUUAUCACAGCCGAACGACGUGGGUCUAUUGCAUGGGGAACGUUCUCAUGUCACUUUCAGGCAAGGUACCCCAACUCUUUUCCCACAAUUUACUCAGUCUGCACGAGCAGAGCAAGAGAGACCAGCGCCUGGGAGUAUCCCUUUCGCCACACCGACUAUUACCCAGGAAAAACAUCAUCACCACCAAGAUCCCCGACACGAAGGGAUGCCAGAAAUGUUGCACAGCCAAGAACACCCAGAACAGUUGCCACUUCCUCUGUGGAGCCUUGGAGGCAGGGGUUGUUCUCCUCCAAUGGUAUGAACCCAUGCAGAAAUUUAUGCUGGUCAAGUACUUUGAUUUCCCCCUGCCUCCCUCGCUGCCUAUCUUCGAGAUGCUGAUAAACCCCGAUGAGGAAUAUCCGGUGGUCUGCAUUGGUGUGAGCAAGGGCCCCCCGGGACAAGCUGUGCAGUUCCAAGUCAUUAACCUCAAUUCCUUAACCUCCUGGUUUAUCAGCGACAAAAGCGAACCUUCCUGCUGUGGCUUCGUCCAGGUGACUCAGUUGGAUAACAAGACAGUGAUGGUUUUGAUGGAUGGAUGCAUCCAGUUUGUCAGUCCCCAAGGAGCAUUGCUUGGAUCUCCACCAAAACUCACCUUCGACGUAGCUGUGGAAUCAGUCGCACUGGUGCAGAACUGCGUGCAUGCAUUUUGGCGCCAUGGUGUGCAGACACGGCCGCUUGGAUCAGGGCAGGUAGCACAGAAGCUGCAGGAUCAGCGGUGGACCUUCCGCCUACUGGGAGCCUCCAGCACCAUUGUGUUAGAGACGCGACCAGUGAAUAAUCCGAAUUCCACCAGCAAUCUCUAUGUGCCGGAAUGAUGACGGUUCAACGUCAACCUGCAGGUUGCUCAGACUGACCAUUUCCCAACCUCCGGAACUGAUUCCUCAAAGAAGAACGGAUGACGGGGAAAAGGACUCCACCUUCAGGGCUGCCCAGGAAACUGGCAAGACAGGGCUGGAAGCGGGAAAUUGUCCAGCCCAACUCCUCGGUAGCUUCGCCCCGAAGCACCAAGGGACACCAAUGCCUUCGUUUUAUGCUUCUUCUCCUUACAUAUGUUCAGUUUUUGUUUCCCAUAUGUACCUUCUCCCCUGAAAGAUGUAUCUCGGUGUGCAUGUAUGUAUAUGUGAAUGCAACCAAAAGCAGGAUGUGGCUAAGUUGUGUAUGGCCAGAUCCUGCCUUAGUGGUUACCCCCCCCCAGGCUGUUGUGGGUGCCCCAUCACUGGAGGCUUCCAAGAAGAGA